AUGUAUUCAUUGCACGUUUCCAUUACAUCCCAAGGAAUAAAAGCUGUGGCUGCAUCUUGCUCUUACUUGCAUGAGAUUUCUUUGAAAAGAUGCUGCGGCCUCACUGAUGAAGGUGUCCUUGCACUUGCACUCAACUGCCGGCUGCUGAAGAUCAUUGACUUAGGUGGAUGCUUGAGUAUUACUGACAUGGCCUUACAUGCUCUAGGACAAAACUGUCCCUUUUUGCAAUGCGUUGACUUUUCUGCCAGCCAGGUCUCUGACAGUGGUGUGCUUGUGUUGGUUAGUGGACCAUGUGCUAUGAAGUUAGAGGAGAUUCACAUGGGGCACUGUGUUAAUCUGACGGAUGAUGCUGUGGAAGCUGUUCUUACCUACUGUCCCCAGAUAUGCAUAUUGUGCUUCCAUGGAUGCCCCCUGAUAACAGAUCAUUCACGAGAAGUCUUGGACCAGUUAGUAGGCCCAAACAAACUAAAGCAAGUAUCGUGGACUGUGUACUGAGGUUAUGGAAAUUUGUCAAACAAUGAAAG